UGGCAGGGAUUGGUUAAAUGCGAUAACUGACACAUGGGACCAUAUGAUCCGGGCUGCUGUGCUUCCCUCUGACUCAUUAAAUCUCUGCACAAUCAAGAAGACAGAACACACCAGCACUCGAAACACUGCUCUUAGGUGUGCUCCAGCAGUUGUGGCAUCAGGACAGGACGGGUGGAUGUGAUCAGUGAGACUCGACACUUCCUUGACUGCCAUGGGGAAAGGAGCCUGUGAAAAUACUCACCCUGACCAAGAAGAAGUGCUGAACCCUCCAAGAGAUGAGGAAAAACAAUGCAAAUGGGCCACCUCUAAAUCCAUAUGGAGGACCUCAAACAAGUGCAGGUGCCUUCAGAGGACACGCAUCAGCUCCAAGCCUUGCCAAAACCUACUCUUGCCAGGAGGCACCAACAAAGGGAGCUCCUAUCCCAAGGACUCCAGCCCCCUUGGGAUGGGAAGGAAAUAUCGUCAUGUACAAAGGCUCCUCAAUCCACCCUGUGUGGUGCUGAGUCUCCUUGUCUUCGGUCUGCUGGCGGCCUUGAUUGUUGUGCAGCUGCAGUCUCGCUCAUCACAUCCCCAGUUCUCCCACGUGUGCCCAGACACGUGGAUCGGCUUCCAAGCCAAGUGCUACUAUUUCUCAGAGAAUGAAACCAACUGGAAGACCAGCUUGGAAAAUUGCAAGGCCUUGGAAGCCUCCCUGACCUCCAUAGACAGCGAGGAGGAACUGGAUUUCAUCAUGCGCUACAAGGGCGAAGCAAACCACUGGUUCGGGCUGCACGAUGAUGGUGAUGGCCAGUGGAGGUGGACCAAUGGCACAGCCUUCAACAACGGGUUUGAGAUGUGGGGAGGUGGCCCUUGUGCGUACCUAAACCAGGAGAAGAUCAGCUCAGGCCUCUGCCACACGGAGAAAUACUGGAUCUGCAGCAGACCCAACAACUACGUCCUCUGGAGGCAAAAGAUUUACCCCGAAUAAAAGAUCCCAUAAA